AUGGCUUACACGCCCAGUUCAAUCGACUACUUUCGACUAGAUACCGUGGGCAAAAUUCGAUGGCUCGCCUCUCUGGAUCCUACGUUCCGCCACCCCAAGAACUUUCGCAGGACCGGCAUCGUCGGUACCAUUGGCCCCCGGACCAAUUCUGUAGAGACGCUUCAGGCUCUCAGGGCUGCGGGCCUCAACGUGGUUCGUCUCAACUUCUCUCACGGUCACCAUGAAUUUCACAAGUCUGUCAUCGACAAUGUGCGAGAGCUUCAGAGGAUAGAGGCAGGACGACCCUUGGCAAUCGCUUUAGAUACCAAGGGGCCCGAGAUUAGGACGGGCGUGACAAUCGGCGAUGCAGAUAUCCCAAUCUCUACCGGCAAGGUCUUGACUGUGACAACCGACGAAAAGUACAGUCACCGUUGCACCUCAGACUACAUUUAUGUCGACUAUCAAAAUAUUUCAAAAGUCAUUGAACCUGGCCGCAUCAUCUUCAUAGAUGACGGUGCCCUUGCGCUCGAAGUCCUGGAGAUUGUGGACGAGAAGACCCUUCGUGUUAGGACCCGGAAUGGGGGCAUUCUCAGCUCUCGGAAGGGUGUCAACCUUCCGAAUACCGUCGUCGACCUACCAGCCUUAUCAGAAAAGGAUAAGGAGGAUUUGCGUUUCGGCGUUGAGCAAAAAGUCGACAUGAUAUUCGCCUCGUUUAUACGCGGGGCAGACGACAUCCACCAGAUUAGGGACGCCCUCGGUGAAGAAGGGAAGCACAUUCAUAUCAUCGCCAAGAUUGAAAACCGACAAGGAUUAAACGCCUGCGAGGAAAUCAUUGCCGCAGCUGAUGGAGUCAUGGUCGCUCGUGGAGACUUGGGAAUCGAAAUCCCACAUGGAGAGGUUUUUGUUGCACAGAAGAAAAUCAUCAGCCUAUGCAAUAUAGCUGGGAAGCCUGUCAUCUGUGCCACGCAGAUGCUUGAAUCAAUGAUCAAGAACCCAAGACCGACUAGAGCCGAAAUCUCGGACGUGGGAAACGCCAUUAUUGAUGGUGCUGACUGCGUGAUGCUCUCCGGAGAAACGGCCAAGGGCGACUACCCCGUCGACGCGGUCCGAGAGAUGCACGAGACCUGCCAAAUCGCGGAGAACACCAUCCAGUAUGUGUUGCACUUUGAGGAGAUGUGCAACUUGGUUAGGCGCCCUGUCAGCCCCGAGGAGUCUUCCGCAAUGAACGCCGUCCGCACGUCACUGGAUGUCAAUGCCGGGGCCAUUAUCGUCUUGUCGGCGACCGGUGAGACGGCCCGACUUAUUUCCAAGUAUAGACCCAACUGUCCCAUCCUGAUGGUCACCAGAGACCCUCCCGCGUCGCGGUAUAGCCACCUCAGCAGGGGUAUCCUCCCGUUCAUCUAUCCGAAUCCGUCCCUCAGCCCCAUCGAAGACAAAUGGAAGACCGAUGCUGAUUUGCGGAUUAAGUGGGCCAUCACGGAAGCUCAAAAAAUGAAUAUCCUGUAUGAGACCGACUCCGUGGUCGUUGUUCAAGGCUGGAGGCCCGGAGCAGGCAAUACCAAUAUGGUCAGGAUCUUGAGUCCAGAAGCGGAAGCGCUUGCCCUAGAGUCUGCAUAG